AUGCGGACUGGUGUGUAUACCUGGUUUGUGCUCCUCUGUGGGAUUGUACAAAGUAGCCGCAGUCAAACCACACACGGGAACAUUCUCGUGUCUCUGGGACCAGGGCAACAGCUGAAGGGACUCAACACCACCGCGGCUUCUGGCCAGCGAGUGUAUUCGUUCCUUGGAAUACCGUAUGCGCUUCCUCCUACAGGGGAUCGAAGAUUAAAACCGCCCGAACCAGAACCUGACUGGACAGGAGUCAAGGAAACUGUUACAAAGAGUGCGAUAUGUCCCCAGAACAACGAGGGAGCAGAGGACUGCCUCUAUCUAAAUGUGUUUACGCCGGAUGUGAGCGGUUCACUUCCGGUUUUCGUUUGGUUUCAUGGCGGUUCGUACACAAUCGGGUCCGCUUUCAAAGAUGGCGAUGGUGCGACUAUGGCUCCACAAGGUGUUGUAACAGUCACAAUCAACUACCGGCUUGGACCUCUUGGGUUCAUGUCGACGGGGGAUGCCGCGAUGCCUGGAAAUUAUGGGAUGUUGGAUCAGGUUCUUUCCCUGAAAUGGGUACAGAAGUAUAUUAGAUCGUUUGGUGGCGAUCCUAGUCAGGUAACCAUUGGAGGAGGGAGUGCGGGAUCUCACAGCGUCUCGUUGAUGAUUACGUCUCUUUUAGCAAAAGGACUCUUUCACAGGGGAAUUAUGGAAAGUGGAUCAGCGCUGGCCCUAACGGCACUAGAAAGACCAGGAACAAAAGUAAAACUUCGAGACGCCACUCUGAGAUCUGCGUCGAGAAUGGGAUGCACACAAAGUGUCUCUUCAGAAGUCUUACAGUGUGUACAGAAAGUUGGCAUCCAUCAUUUCAUGAACGCGUCUAAGGAUUUUACUCCGUAUCCUCGAGUAGAGACAACUUUUGGGUUUCUUCCUGACGAACCGUUGACCUUGUUAAAAAACGGGAAUUACAAUAAAGUGGACACUCUACACGGAACAAACUCUGGCGAGUGGAAUCAAGAAAUCAAUGACGACCACGACAAUGGAGUCACCGAACAGGAGUUCAGAACUACGAUUGGGUCACUACUGGGAAUUUUUAUAAACGGUGAUCUUAUUACUAGAAUCUUUAGUGAAGCUUACACUAGCAAUGUAACGGAUCCCUUUGUUUUACGGACAAAACUGGUUCAAGCUGUGAGUGAUAUUAAAUACGGGGGAGCCACCAUUGUUGAAACAAACAAGUAUUUGACCACACCAAAUACCCACACAAAACACUUUUUGUACGAGUUUGAUUACAGAAUCAGUGGCACAACAACGCCAGCCUGGCGAGGAGUUGCCCAUGGUGGCGAACGGCGUUUUGUCUUUUACCCGGAUGUACGCUACAGUUUUGCUAAACCUGACGACAAGGCGCUUGGUCAAGAGGUUCAGACCUUGUGGGCGAAUUUCAUCAAACAUGGUGACCCCACACCAUCUGGCCUUACAGUUAAAUUAGAAAGUGGAACCAGUGUUGUCAGGUGGAGUCAGUUUACGAUGGAUAAUCCACAAUUGUUGAAGAUUGACACUCCAUCCAAGAUGGACACCCACCGUCGUCUGUUUCUCAUUCCGUUAUUUGAAAGAAUUCUGGAAAUUAUGAAAUCGACUGAAAAAUCCCCAAUCGUUGGCUAA